AUGGCGGCAGCGCCGGCGAGGGCGGAGUCGCAGGUCGAACCUCCACAAUUUCUCGUUCCGGCUGGCGGCUCAAGAAAUGAUGGGCUAGCCACGCGCGUGCUCCGAACUGGCGUUCAAGGUCGGCCGCAAUGGGAGAGGCGACCAGGAUCGCGCGUUCCUAGCCGCGUCCGCCGCCGCCGAUUCUCGAAGUCCGACCCUGUUGCACGCGAAGGAGACGAAGACGGGCCUCCGGAGAAGGAAUCGCCGUGGAAUCUGAGGACGAGGAGAGGGCAGGUGAAGGAUCAGGGCGUGUCACGUGAGGAGAGGGGGGGCCACGUGAGGACGGUGAGGCUGAGGUCGGAGGACGCGGAGAGGAGAGAGAGGCCGGCGUUUUCUGUUUCAUUGACGAGGGAGGAGAUCGACGAGGACGUCUACGCGUUGACGGGAGCCAGGGCACGCCGGAGGCCGAAGAAGAGGCCGAGGAGCGUUCAGAAGCAGCUCGAUAUGCUUUCGCCUGGUUCUUGGCUGAGCGAGAUCACGGUGGAUUCAUACAAGGUGCCGGAUUCAUGGCUGGAGCGGCGGUGAGGUUAGUUACAGUUACCGCCGGCGAUGUGGAUCCCUUUUGACUGAAAAUUGAUUGGAUUUUUGGGCUCAAAAUUGUUACUAUUUUUUAUACAAGGCCCUUGAUUUGUGUUCUUUUAUUAGAUUGUAAAGGUCUAGUUUUGUUCUUUUAACUUUUUUUCUUGUAUGGCAACUUAAGGGAUUUGAAGCGAAUUAGGGAAGAAAAUGUUUUUUGUUA